GCAAAAUCGCCGCCAUUUUUAUCGAGCACACUGAUUGAAAGCGUAUCGUUAGACAAUCCGUACGACGUAUUUUCCUUCCUCACGUUUUUCUUCAUAAAAAUGCUGAUCAUGUGGCCUGAGCAUCUGUACAUUUUGCCAAGAUGUCGUCUCUUUUUCCUUCUGGUAAAGUCUGAGCUUCGUCAUUGCUGCCCAAUCCCCAAUGUACACAGGGAUUUUAUGCAGCCAGCUGGAAAAGGUUGUUCCUCUUGCUACCUGUACUGCUAUGUGUUUCGUCAAAUGAAGAAACAUGAACAACUGAAGUUUAUCGUGGAUGUUCGCGAAGUUGCUGUCCGCUGUGGUACGUUGUUGCAGCCUAUGCUGGUGAUAAGUUUUUCUGCAUCAAAUUCAAUUGGCCGUUCCUUGGUGCUGGUGUGUUACCGAAGUUGCAUCAUUAUUUUGUUAAAUUGUCAUCGUGACUAUUGCAGCUUACCGUUUCGAAGUUCAGAAGCAACAAAAACAAAUAUGGGAUGUUUAUGUCAAACAAAUAAUAAACAUGUUUUCGGGAUUGGGAAAGGGGAGGAUGUUGGAGGGGGGAUAUUUCAAGUUUGGAUACAAAAGUAUUUAAUUCAUAACCCUAUAAACAUAUCCCUACCAAUUAAUCUCCAAACCCCACUAACAUACACCUACCAACCCUAAAAUUUGUACCUUAAACCACAUAACC